GAUAAUUUAUAUUUACAAUUAAUUAUAUUACACAUGUUUAUCUAACAUUACUCACACCCCAUCUGUGUUAUUUGAUCAAAAAAACUCAUUUUGAACAAUUAAUUUUUUUUAUUUUUUAAAAUGUCAACUGAUAUGAAUUCAAAUUUCAGCCAAAUUGGUCUUCAAUUCACAAAGAUGUAUUACCACUUAAUGGAGACUGAUAGAAGAGGACUCUCCCAAUUUUAUACAAAUGAUAGUAUGAUGACCUUUGAAAACAAUUCGUUCAAGGGUCAAGCUCAGAUUUUGGAGAAACUUUUAUCUAACCCAUCAUCGAAAUACGCAAUUCUUACUUGUGACUUCCAACCUUCACCUAACAACGGUGUAGUUGGUUUUGUAAUGGGUGAUUUAUCUGUGGAUAAUAAUCCGCCCAUGAAGUUCGCACAUAUGUUUCAAUUAUUCCCCAAUGGAAACUCGUAUUUUGUGCUAAACGAUAUAUUUCGAUUAUGUAUUGGUUAAGUUGGAGUAAUUCUGUCCAUCGCUUUAGAAAAAAUAAUUAUUCAAUUUUUGAUGCAAA